AGCAGCGGCUGUCUGGGCUCAGGCAGGUGGCUACAGAGCCCGGGGUGUGCCUGUGCUGCCAUCCGAGCUGGGGCUGUGCCCUGCACAGCCUUGCAUGGCGGCUGGGAGGCCGUGCCUGUGCACAGCCCACGUCCUGCCUGCUCUGGAAAUGCUGCUUUGCAAAAGAAAUGGAGCUGCAGUGGGUGAUAAAUCCCUGCCUUGCAAAGCGUGCACGGGCUGAGCUGUGCUGGUCUCCGAGGUUCCUGACCACCUUCCCUGCUUUUUGAUGCUGCAUCAGAAUUGUGUUCACUAAAGAUGGAAACACUGGAGUCAGAAUUGACCUGCCCAAUCUGUCUGGAGUUAUUUGAGGACCCCCUGCUGCUGCCCUGUGCCCACAGCCUGUGCUUCAGCUGUGCCCACCGCGUCCUGGUGUCCAGCUGCUCGUCCGGCGACUCCAUCGAGCCCAUCCCCGCCUUCCAGUGCCCCACGUGCCGCUAUGUCAUCUCCCUCAACCACCGAGGCCUGGAGGGGCUCAAGAGGAAUGUGACCCUGCAGAACAUCAUUGACCGCUUCCAGAAGGCGUCGCUGAGCGGCCCCAACUCCCCGAGUGAGAGCCGGCGCGAGCGGCCCCUCGGCCGCGGCCCCGCCAUGUCGGGCUCUGAGCGCAUCCCCUGCCAGUUCUGUGAGCAGGACCCCCCCCGUGAUGCCGUCAAGACCUGCAUCACCUGCGAGGUGUCCUACUGCGACCGCUGCCUGCGCGCCACCCACCCCAACAAGAAACCCUUCACCAGCCACCGCCUUGUGGAGCCCGUGCCUGACGCGCACUUCCGCGGGCUGGCGUGCCUGGAGCACGACAACGAGAAGGUGAACAUGUACUGUGUGACCGACGACCAGCUCAUCUGUGCCUUAUGCAAGCUUGUGGGCCGCCACCGGGACCACCAAGUGGCCUCGCUCAGCGACCGCUUCGAGAAGCUCAAGCAAACCCUGGAGACAAAUCUCACCAACCUGGUUAAACGCAACAGCGAACUGGAGAACCAGAUGGCCAAGCUGAUCCAGAUCUGCCAGCAGGUGGAGGUGAACACAGCCAUGCACGAGGCCAAGCUGAUGGAGGAGUGUGAUGAGCUGAUGGAGAUCAUCCGCCAGCGCAAGCAGGUCAUCGCUGUCAAGAUCAAGGAGACCAAGGUGAUGAAGCUGCGCAAGCUGGCCCAGCAGGUCGCCAACUGCCGGCAGUGCCUGGAGCGCUCCACGGUGCUCAUCAACCAGGCCGAGCACAUCCUCAAGGAGAACGACCACGCUCGCUUCCUGCAGACUGCCAGGAACGUGGCUGAGAGGGUCGCCAUGGCAACUGCAUCCUCUCAAGUCCUGAUACCAGAUAUCAAUUUUAAUGAUGCCUUUGAAAACUUUGCUUUAGAUUUUUCCAGAGAGAAGAAGCUGCUGGAGGGGCUGGAUUAUCUGACAGCACCCAACCCACCAUCAGUGAGGGAGGAGCUGUGCACAGCCUCCCAUGACACCAUCACCGUGCACUGGAUCUCCGAGGACGAGUUCAGCGUCAGCUCCUACGAGCUCCAGUACACCAUCUUCACUGGCCAGGCCAACUUCAUCAGUCUCUACAACUCCAUGGACAGCUGGAUGAUCGUGCCCAACAUCAAGCAGAACCACUACACGGUGCACGGGCUGCAGAGUGGCACCCGCUACAUCUUCCUGGUGAAGGCCAUCAACCAGGCCGGCAGCCGCAACAGCGAGCCCGCCCGCCUCAAAACCAACAGCCAGCCAUUCAAGCUGGACCCCAAGAUGGCCCACAAGAAGCUGAAGAUCUCCAAUGAUGGGCUGCAGAUGGAGAAGGACGAGAGCUCCUUGAAGAAGAGCCACACGCCGGAGCGGUUCAGCGGCACUGGCUGCUAUGGCGCGGCCGGCAACGUCUUCAUCGACAGCGGCUGCCACUACUGGGAGGUGGUGCUGGGAUCCUCCACCUGGUACGCCAUCGGCGUGGCCUACAAGUCAGCCCCCAAGAACGAGUGGAUCGGCAAGAACUCCUCCUCGUGGGUCUUCUCCCGUUGCAACAACAACUUUGUGGUGCGGCACAACAACAAGGAGAUGCUGGUGGAGGUGCACCCGCAGAUGAAGCGCCUCGGUGUGCUCCUGGACUACGACAACAACGCGCUCUCCUUCUAUGACCCGGCCAACUCCCUGCACCUGCACACCUUCGAGGUGUCCUUCAUCCUGCCAGUGUGCCCCACCUUCACCAUCUGGAACAAAUCCCUGAUGAUCCUCUCGGGGCUGCCUGCCCCAGAUUUCAUCGAUUACCCUGAGCAGCAGGAGUGUAACUGCCGGCCUCAGGAGUCCCCGUACGUGUCAGGGAUGAAAGCCUGUCACUAGUGGCACUGGGCUGCCCCAGGGGUGACAGCCUGGCACUGGGCUGCCAGCCUGCCCCAGGGGUGACAGCAUGGCACUGGGCUGCCAGCCUGCCCGUGCCCUGGGGUGCAGGUGGCCAGAGCUGCCCACUGGUAGCCAUGCCAAGGAGCCACCGUGGCACCCGAGCAAUCGAGCACUGCCCACACCCAGCUCCAUCUCCUUAGUGGGAAUGUGGAGAAACCUCGACCACAGCUAGAAAUGAACUGCUGCUGGUGAGCUCCAGAGUGAGCAGGAGUGCCUGGAGCUGCUCUUACAUGGUGGCUCCAUCUCUCCCCAAGAAGAUUGUCACCUGGAUGGUUCUGCCUUCCCCUGGGGGCUAGAUAGACCAGGGCGGGGUUCAGGGUGGCUGAGGUGCUGUGGUGGACAGGGAAUGGCUGGUGUCUGCCAUGAGGCACAGGUUGGGACAGGGGGGCUGGGCUCUGGAGCCCAGUGGGGACCCAGGGCACUGAGCAGCAAUGAGCAGCACAGCCCAGGGCACUGAGCCCAGGGCACUGAGCCGCGCUUCCAGGGCACUGAGCAGCACUUCCAGGGAGGACUUGCCCUGUGGCUGAGGCUCGGUGCUUUCCCUGGUGGGGUGAAUGAGGCUCGGAGCCCUGGUCUUGGUGGGCAGUGGUUGUGUGGUGGCUGGUGGUCCCGUGGUGUCUGUGGCAGUGAGAAUGGCACUGAGGGUGUUUCCAGUGCGUGUCUGUGCUGCACAUGGCAGGCUCCUGUUACAUCUUCAGGGUUCUGCAGGGGAGAGCCAUGGACCCUCAGCUCACCAUCUCCUCCUUAACCAGGGAGGGCUGCAUCCCUGAGGAGCCUGGGCCCUGGCACAGAGGUAUGGUUCCUUCCUGAUGUGGGGUCUGGCAAGCAGUGCCUGCUGGUCACAGGCCUCCACCAUUCCUGUCUGGUGUCCCAGCAGCAAAAUCUCAUCUUCCUACUCUAAGCCUGCAGUAGAGUCCUGCUCAAAGACCACCUCUAUGCUCUGUGACCCAAAAUCUCAGUUUAUGACCCCAAAUCUUGACUUCUGGUUUGUUCUCCAUCAUGCCAGGGGAUGGGACUGGGUGCAUUUCGAAGAUCCCUUCCAGCCCAAGCUGUUCCGUGACUCUGUGGUGGUGUGAGUGUGGAGCCAUCCUGUUUGCUCUGUGGCCAAGGACUAAGCCUGUCCCAGAGCUCAGAGUCCUGGUUACGGGGAGCUCUUGGGUGUCACCAGUAUUCCCAGUAACCACAAGCAUCAUCCCCUGGCCAAGCUCCAGUCUCCAGAUUUGAAAAGCCAGGAAGAGCUGGGCUGGCACACAGCCCUGUUGUCACCAGUUGGGGGCCAGUGGGCAUGUGAGUGGCUGUGACAUUGUGGGGGCAAGGAUUUCAGGCAUUAUGGUGGCCCAGGGCAGCUGGUGCUUGCUGCCAGGAGAUGCAAUCUUUUUGGACUUCAGCAGCUUUUGAUCGUGUCUCUUCUAGGGUCCUUCUGGACAUAAACACAUCGUGGGGUGGGUGAGCAGCUGGCUCAGGAUCAGGCACAGAGGGUGACAUCAGGCUGGCACUGGUCGCUGGUGGGGUUCUGCAGGGAUCCAUCCUCAGCCCUGUGCCCUUGUACAUCUUCAUUAAUAAUCUGCAUUGUUAAUGACUGGAAGGAACACUGAGUCACUUUGCUGACAGCACUGAGCUGGGAGGAGCUGCCAACCUCAAGAGCGGAGGGACCUCUAGGGUGACCCAGACAAAUCAGACAGAUGGGGAAUCACCAGUCAUGAGGAGUUUAACAAGGGAAAGUGCUGGGUUCUGUGCCUGGGAUGGGGCAGCCUUGAUUGUGGGCAUGGCGUGUGGAGCAGCUGUGGGAGGGCCUGCGGGUCCUGGUCCAUCCAGGAUCCAGGUGGAGCUGUCAGCCAGGAGGGAAAUCCCUGCUCUGGGGGCAUCAGGGAGGGCAUUGUCAUGCUGUGCUCUAGGCUCAAGCAGCCUCUCUUUGAACCCUGAGGGUAGUUCUACACACCUCAGUAUAAAAAAGGCAUGAAGCUAUUGAAGAGUGAGCAAAGAAGGGCUCUGGGGGUGGAGAAGGGUCAGGAGGGGUCUUGUGAGGAGUGGCUGAGGUCACUUGGUUUGUUCAGCUGGAGAAGAAGAGAGGGGAGGCCCCUUUGUCAUCUUCAGCUCCUGCCAGGGGGAGUGGAGGGGCAGGCACCCAUCUCUUCAUUCCUGGGACCAGUGACAGGACUGAGGAAAGGCAGGAGUCAGGGGAGGGUUAGGGUGAUGUCAGGAAAAGGGUUUUCCCUCAGGGGUGCUGGGCACUGCCCAGGCUCUCCAGGGAAUGGUCAUGGCCCCAAGGCUGCCAGAGCCCAAGGGGCUUUGAACAAAGCUCCCAAACACAGGGUGGAAUUGUUGGGAUGUCUGUGCAGGGCCAGGAGCUGGACUGGGUGAUCCUGAUGGGCCGCUUCCAACUCAGCCUGUUCUGUGGUUCUAAAGCCCAGGCUCUGGGAGUGACAGGACAUGUCCUCUGCCUUGGACAGGGCUCUGGGGGCUCAGCCCAUGGGGCUGUGGCACAGACAGCUUGAACUCACCUGGAGCCAGCUCAGAAUUCAUCUGGUGACCCCUUCCAGUGACCUGGCCAGGGGAUGAUGCUGGUGAGCCUGGUGGGGGACAGCUUUGCCCAGGAGGAGAGGGUACAAAAGAGCCCAGCAUGACAGCUCUCCAUGUACCUGGGCUGUAGGUUUUGGGAAAGGGAGGUGGCAGCACCUCAGGGAAGAGGCUGCUGCUGCUGGUCCUGCCCAGCUGGAGGGGUUCCCUGUGAUCCAGGAACGGAUGCACCCUUCCCCAUGGAUGCACCCCUCCUCCUGCCCCCUCCUGAGUACAGGAGCAGCUGCUCCCAGCUCCCAGGUGCAGGAGCUCAGGGAGGGGCAGCAGGGCACUGCCAUCCCCCAGCCUGGCACAUGGCCCCAUUUCCCUUGGGGGUUCCAUUGCUCUCAGCUGGAUGUGUUUCACGGGAAGGGCUCGUGGCGGAAGGGGCUGUGCCACCCUGCAGGGAUGCCAGGAGAGAUGCCAGGCCCUGCAGGUGGUGUUGGCCCUGGCAGUGCUGGGAUGGGCUCAGGGAGCCCUUGGCAUCCUCAGCUCACAGACCACAAGCCCUUAACGUGACGUUUGCACCUGAUGAAAUUGCACUAAUUGUGAGACCCCCGGCCCCCACACGUCUCAUACCUGGCCAGGCAGGGCUGGGGGAGCCCCACACCCCAAGCAGGGGCUGGGGACCCUUCCCAGCCACCCACAUUGUCCUCUUGUGGUACUGAAAGCAGAGCCCAUCCCAUUGGCACCAUGGUUUGGGGAGCAGCAGCCCCAUCCUGGGACAGGAGGGGGCUCAGGGUGCUGCUGCUGCUCCUCUGCUCCUGCUGACACCAGAACAAGUUUGGGAUGUGUGGACUCCUGGCUCUCCUCAGCCUCUCCUCCCACUGUAACAUUCCUGCUUCUGGGGGGAGGGCUCUUCUUCCUGUUGGGUUUCUCCCUUUUUGUUGGUUUUUUUUGCAACUUCUUUGUUAAUGUGUAUAUAUAUAAAAUUAUAUAUAUAUA